UUGUGCUCGUUUAUUGUUAUUUCGGUACGGUUACAGGUCUUUUUCUAGAAGCUCUUAGAGCUGAUCUUGCUAAAUGUCCAUGUAGCCCUCUUGAUAUGUAGCUUCAAAAAAACGUUAAAAAAUCUUGUGUUUAGUGACAUCCUACCGUGUUUUGUCUUAAAUGGGGGUUGAAAUAACAUAAUGAUGUUUUGACUUGUUAUUUAUAUGUGAAACGUAUCUUGGGAUCCACUCACUAUCGCUUUAUAUGUAAUGAUUAUUAUUAUGCUACUUCCUGUGCAUUAUCUUUUGUUAUAACUCUGCUCGCUGUUUUUAUUUAAUUAUCUAUCCACUCAUAUUACUUUCUUGAUUGACUAAUAAACUUGUUUGUUUACCAGAGACUCAUAUCUUUCAACUAUUUUCCUUGAUUCAAACCGUAAAAUCUUUAGUAUUAAAGUCAACCAACCAUUUACCCUAUAUCACAAUAACAACCCCAAUGUUCUAGGGUGAACGCAAUAUCUAUAAUCAGGACAUACUAGUUUGUUAUUUAUUGCUUAACUGGAAAGAGCUGGUGCAUUUGAGUAUCUAGACUGCCAAUAUUAGGCGAUAAUGAAAUUCUGGAACCGAACCUCAACACCAAAAGGCGAGCGCAAAUAAGUCAAUCAGUGUGUACUAGCUCGCCUCCGAGAUAUUAAAUACUGGGCCCCACGUCAUUAUGGAUGGGUUACCAGUGAAGGUCAUAGGUUUUUUAUAUUCUCUAUUCAAUUGUCGGUAGUCUACGACUCAAAGCUGACGGAUGGCCAUAGUUUUGGUUCUAGUGGUAAAUUACAGGUACUUUUGAAGUAUUAGAUCCUAAGCUUAAGGUGACUUAUUGGUCUAUGGACUUGAUUUCCACCUAUCUGCAAGUUUUUAAUCUGAUCUACCUACUUUAGUUUCGGGAAGCUCAGUAGUACUGGUUUUUACUAUAUAGAAUAAAUCCCAAUGUUUGGCGAAAGAACUUGUAUUAGUUUAUUGAGUUCCAUCAAGCUCCUGGUUACAUCAGUAUUCAUAACCGCUACAUGGGUCACUUUAUACCAUGUUAUGUGGAUGCAAAGACCAGCCGUGAUCAAUUGUCCUCCAGGCCUUGAGUAUUUGACUCAAAUUGACCAAUUGCUGAUUAAGCAGGUGAUUGAUGCUAUCGAAACAUUCGUGCCUUAUGAAGUGCAAAAUCGCUAUACCUGUUACAACACAUUGGGACAAAGUGUAUAUCGAUGUUACGAAGAAUCUGACUUUUGUUCACGUGCAUUCUGUGGAGCAUCAAGACCUUUCGUAUUACAUAUUUUAAACAAUAAUAACUCUGAAGUUAUCCGUGCAAUUCGACCUUUUCGAUGUGAUUGUUACCCUUGUUGUUCGUGUUUAGAAUGCUGUCAAGAGGAACUUGAAGUUCAGUCUCCAGCUGGAAAUUGUAUCGGCUAUGUGAAACGAGUAUUUAGUGGUUGUAAUCUUGAUUACCACAUUUUGGAUAAUAACCAGAGUACAGUUCUGCAAAUACAUGGUCCAUCAUGUUGUUUUUGUGAAUGUUUAGGAUCGGAUAUAAUAUUUAAGGUAACUUCUGCUGACGGUACUGUCGAAAUAGGUAGAAUUACGAGAAAAUGGAGCAAUAUUGUCCAAGAAUUCUUUACUGAUGCAGAUAAUUUUGGAGUUUCUUUUCCGAUGGACUUAGACGUGAAAGUAAAAGCGAUUCUCUUAGCUGCUGUUUUUCUCAUUAUAAGUAUUAUUUGUUUAUUUGUGGGAUCCAAUCGAACAUUGAAAGAAAUAACACUUGAAUUGCAUCUGACCGUAUCCUAUCUCAGUCAUUUUAACCCGUUAACAUUGUUUUGCUGUUUUACAUACAUCUGAUUUGUAAGUUGUUUUUUUUAAAGUUUUAUUUAAACCAAUAAUAGGUGUAAAACCUUCGGAUAAUUGGUUGCUUCAGAAAACAAAUCAAACAACAAACAGCUUGAUGAUUUCUUUUCAUUUUUUGUCACUUGAAUACAAAUAAAUAAUGUAUGUGAUAAAAAAGACUUUUUUGUUUGAACUGAUUUUUAUCGCGGUUCGUAAAUGUCGAUACAGUUUGUAGUUUCUACGUUAUUACGCACUACUAAUAUAUAUAGUUGUUGAAAAGAAUACAACCUCAUAAA